AUCGUGAAACUGUUAAAGAAUUGGCACUGGCGUAUACAGUGUGAGUGUGUGUCUCGUUACUGAUAAGAACUGACAGUUAUAAAGUGAGCAUGCCGGAAGAUUUUCCUUUCAGCCAAUGCAGCCUUCCCACACCAAACAACAGAGGAGAAAUCCACAUUGAUUGGAGGCAGCUGACUCAAAGACAUGACCGAAGUUCACAUUAGUGACACAUUAUUCAACUGUUGUGGUGACCAAGCAUUUCUUUUCGAAAUGCCUUCAAAAUGGGGGAUUAUGCUCGCUAAAUCUCCGCAGUAAACAGCUUUGUGUGUGUAGUGUGUGUGAGUGAUUACCGGCGUUGAGUUUUCCGAUCCAGAACAGAAUGGAGCGGAGGAGUAACGUUAGAGCUCGUGUAGCGGUGAUAGGGGCUGGACCGGCAGGGCUUUGCGCCGCUCGACACAUCCUGUCUAGGCCCGAGACCUUUGAUCCACCCGUGGUGUAUGAAAUGGCUGAUCAUUUAGGUGGGACCUGGUUCUAUGAGGAACGAGUGGGCCCACAUGACAAUGGGUAUCCCAUCCACAGCAGUAUGUAUAGGGACCUCAGAACCAAUUUGCCUAAGGAGGUUAUGAUGUUCCCUGAAUUUCCCUUUGAUGACCACCUGCCUUCUUUUUUGCACCAUACGUCGGUUCAGCUGUAUUUGGAAAAAUACUGUGAGAGACAUGAUAUUGCCCGUCACAUCAAGUUCAACACCGCGGUGGAAAAGGUGAAGCCCGUCUCCAUGGAGACGGAGACAGGGGGAGCUGUGACGUGGGAGGUAAUUUCGCACCGCACAUGUGGAGACCGGAACACACAGAAGUUCGACUCAGUGUUCGUCUGCAACGGGCAUUACUCCGACCCCCACCUGCCCUACAUUACUGGAAUAGAGCAUUUUGAAGGGAAAGUCUUACACAGUCACUCGUAUCGCUAUCCAGAGCCCUUCGCCAACAAGUCCGUCGUGGUCUUGGGGGCCAGAGCAUCUGGUGUGGACAUUUCCAUUGAGUUAGCCCAAGUUAAUGCUCGGGUGAUUCUAAGUCAUAGCACACCAACUAUGUCCUUACCUCUGCCUGUGGGUAUCCAGCAGGCUACCUCUGUUGUUGGGGUCUUGGAGAAUGGAUCUUUACAGUUCCAGGAUGGAUCAGUGACCCGGGCUGAUAUUCUUCUGUUCUGUACAGGAUACAACUUUAACUUCCCUUUCCUUUGUCCAUCAGAGCUAGGCCUGGACGUACAGGAACUUUUUGUGACUCCGCUCUACAAGUACUUGCUGCCCCCUGGCUUCCCGUCUAUGUUUUUUAUUGGCAUUUGCAAAAUUAUUUGCCCUUUCAUACAUUUUGACUGUCAGGUUCAGUUUGCUCUAGCUGUUCUGGAGGGCUCGGUAAAGCUGCCCACCCAGGCAGAGAUGGAGAAGGAGGUGCAGAGAGAGAUGCAAAAAAAACUAGACAAAGGUGUGCAGUUGAAGCACCUGCUCCAUUUGGACAAGGAUCAGUGGGAUUAUUAUCUGGAUCUGGCCAGGUCGGCCCGAUUCACACCCCCUCAGCCAGUGUUUCAGAGUCUAUAUGAAGAGGUGGGCAGACAGAGGAAGAAAGACCCACACAAAUACAGACAGAUCAACUAUAGGCUCAUUGAUGCCACACAGUGGGAGCUUUUGGAAGCUUCGCCAGAACAGACUGAUUGAGUUUAGCUAGAGUUUGAGGAAAAUGAAUUGAAUUACACAGUUUUCCUGUCAUACCUGUGAUGCUUUCUUUUUGUAGGAAAAGAAAGUCUGUAGAAAUACUGAAGGAAGAAAAUUCUCUUAAUGAUUCUUAAUAAUUAUACACAAAAAUUAGAGAUCAAAGUUAAUUUGAUCUAAUUAACUA